CUCGCGACGGACCACAGAAAAGCCCCUCAUCCGCAUUCAACGUCUGUUAUUGCAGUAAAUAUUUACUCAAACCUCCCACCUCAACACCACACUCUGCCUGAGGUAUAGACCAACAACAAACCCACCGUCUACGGUCUACUUACACAGUUUGCAAUGUCCUCUCCUACUCAGCGCCGUAGCCAGCGCAAUUCGCAGGCAGGCACUCCUAGCCGCAGUACACGUUCGCAGCAAGCAGCGUCACAGAAUAAUGCUACGCCUCGUAACAAUCGACAGUCGCAGUUAGCGUCUAGCCCAUUAUUCUACCAAUCUUCUCCAGUAACCGGCAAUAAUAAUGGAGCAUCGUCGCCUUUGCGGCAAGGUACCGACAGCCAGAGUACAAAUAACAAUAGCGGUGCACCGCCUAGCUCACCCCUUCGUCAUAUGACACAUACUCAGUCAACUGAAUCCGAUGGCGAUCGGACACCAAGGGCACAUCGGGGCCUGAUAGGUGAAUCUUCCCCUAUCCGAUACGAACCGAGCUCAAGUCCUGGUCGAGGUUUGCACCCUCAGUCUGACCUUCGAAGCGAAAGUAGUGGGCUAUUCGUGGGUGGCGCUGGAACUCCUCGAGCUCGGCCUCGAAGAGGUGACAUCAACUCUGAAAUUUUCAGUGGUGGUGCUCGUGGUGGUAGUCGUGUCAUUCUCGAUGACUCCGGCCGUGUUGUCCGCGAAAUUCAUUCCGAUGCCGCUACAUUCUCUAACUUGAAUCCUGGAACCUCAGACGCAGAUGCGCUUGGUGGACAAGACAAUGCUACCAUUUGGGGUACUACGGUCUCAAUUGACGAUACUUAUGCCGCCUUCAAAGAUUUCCUGAGGAACUUUACGAAGAAAUAUCGCAUGUGGAACGAUGGAAUGACAACACAAGAAACAGAUGCAGACCCCACAGCAAUAUCGAAACCAUACUGGGAGGAACUUCAGAGCAUGCUAAUCCUUGGCCAGCGAAUUCUUUACGUAGAUAUUCGUGAUUUCAAGCUCUAUCCGCCUACUAGGAAAUUAUGGCACCAGAUUCAGCAUUAUCCGCAGGAAAUAGUUCCCCUUAUGGAUCAGUCUGUACAUGAUGUCAUGAUUGAACUGGCACAGGCGGAGAUGUCAAGACAGAGGGGCCAAAGCAACGGUGUUUCUGCUACUCAACGAAGCUCUGUUCCAAGCUCUGAUAUGCAAUUUCCCAGUUCGGAGAGAAGCGAAGAGCCUGUACAGUCUCAGCGCGUGCAACAGGGUCCUACUUUAGAGGAGAAAGUGAUGGAUCAAACCUAUAUGACACGACCAUGGGGUCUGGACGACAUUAUCAAUCUUCGAGAUCUUAACCCCUCGGACAUGGACAAACUCAUUUGUAUCAAGGGUCUUGUGAUUCGGACCACUCCCGUUAUCCCUGAUAUGAGGCAGGCAUUCUUCCGAUGUAAUGUUUGCAGUCACUCACUCCUAGUGGGUCUAGACCGUGGCAAGAUCCGAGAACCAACAGAGUGUCCUCGGCCAAUGUGUGCCCAAAAAAACUCGAUGCAGAUCGUGCACAAUCGAUGCGAGUUUGAAGAUAAACAGGUCAUCAAGUUGCAAGAGACCCCUGAUGCAGUGCCUGCUGGACAGACGCCUCAUUCUGUCUCUGUGUGUGUUUACAACGAAUUGGUAGACUUUUGCAAAGCUGGUGACCGUGUCCGGAUAACUGGUAUAUACCGGGUUAGUCCUGUCCGUGUCAACCCUCGCAUGCGCACAGUCAAAAGCGUGUUCAAGACUUUUGUGGACGUUGUCCACGUUGCCAAAGUCGACGAUAAACGAUUAGAUGCGGACCUUACGACACUUGAGCCGGAGUCCAACGACUCGGACAACCAGAUUGAAGAAGUGCGAAAGCUGACCCCCGAGGAAGAAGAGCAGAUUAAGACCACGGCCGCUCGCUCUGAUAUAUAUGAGCUCCUAUCCCGAUCGUUGGCGCCUUCAAUUUAUGAAAUGGACGAUGUGAAAAAGGGCAUCCUUCUCCAGAUGUUUGGCGGGACGAAUAAGACGUUUGAACGUGGCGGUAGCCCCAAAUACCGCGGGGAUAUCAAUGUCUUGUUGUGUGGUGAUCCUUCAACUGCAAAGUCCCAACUAAUACAAUACGUUCAUAAGAUUGCACCCCGCGGUGUGUAUACGAGCGGCAAGGGCUCUUCCGCUGUUGGUCUAACGGCGUAUGUCAGUCGAGAUCCUGAAACUCGACAGUUAGUGCUCGAGUCUGGUGCGCUUGUUUUAUCUGAUGGCGGUGUUUGUUGUAUCGACGAGUUCGAUAAAAUGUCAGAUGCUACGAGAUCUGUGCUUCAUGAAGUCAUGGAACAGCAGACAGUUUCGGUAGCAAAAGCAGGGAUUAUCACAACGCUGAAUGCAAGAACAAGUAUAUUGGCUUCCGCUAACCCUAUUGGUUCUCGGUACAACCCUGAUCUCCCCGUUCCCCAAAACAUUGACCUCCCUCCAACACUCUUAUCACGAUUUGAUCUCGUCUACCUAAUACUUGAUCGUGUUAAUGAAUCAAAUGACCGGAGAUUGGCACGACACCUUCUGUCAAUGUACUUGGAGGACAAACCACAGUCGGCCAGCUCCAAAGAUGAAAUUCUGCCCGUCGAGUUUUUGACUGCCUACAUCUCAUACGCUCGCGCCCACAUACAUCCCACACUGUCACAGGAUGCGUCGCAGGCCCUUGUCGAAGCCUAUGUCAAUAUGCGUAAGCUAGGUCAAGAUGUUCGCGCCGCAGAGAAACGUAUUACGGCUACCACUCGUCAACUAGAAUCCAUGAUUCGGCUUGCCGAGGCUCAUGCCAAAAUGCGGCUAUCACAGACUGUGACCAAGGCUGAUGUUCUAGAAGCUGAACGCCUCAUUCAGUCUGCACUAAAGACUGCUGCCACCGAUUCGCAAGGCCGGAUUGAUAUGAGUCUUCUUACUGAAGGUACGAGUGCAGCAGAAAGGAAACGCAAAGCUGAACUGAAAGAUGCGGCCCUACGCUUGUUGGAUGAGUUGACAAGCGGCGGACAAAGCGUAAGGUUUAGCGAGGUGAGCAGAAAAUUGAACGAAGGGGCAAGUAUACCAGUCGAACCAUCCGACUUUGCAGAGACAAUGAGAGCGCUGGAAAUGGAAGGCAUCAUCAUGAUCACUGGAGAGGGCGCGAGAAAGAGCGUGAGGCGCGUUACAGGCAUCUCUUAAGAAUCGAAUUUAAAGGUGGAUUAAAGGGGGCUGUCAGAGACUGUGGCCCUUCUCAUAUUGGCGUUCAGGUUAAGCGAUGACAAGGAGUUGUCAGGUUCAUACAAAUAGUAAUGCAUGUCGUUGCUUGAUAUAGAACGAAACAGAGAAAUCAAUACACACUAACUGCUGACCUUCAAUCGUCUGCUGG